CGAUUUUUUUUAUUCCGUCAGAUCGAAAAAGCAAUGACAGAAAAAAAUUGUUGUGUUUAAGGUGUGUUCAAAAAGAUAAUAAGAAAUGUAUAAUAAAGUACAUCGCUGCUUGCCGAAUAAUCGUAAUUUGUUGAAUAAAUAUGCGUGUAGUUGGUUUUCAAGAAAUAAGAUCCAGAACUAGGUCUUAGACUAAAAUAGUAAAGUUAUUGGAUACGAUAGGCCCUGUAAAUAUAAAUAUAUAUAUAAUUUAAGAUGUGGAAUACGAUGUGCGAUGUAAUGCCAACUAUUGUGGAGUGCGAUAACAUUUCCCAAAGAUCUUCUCAAUUUAGCGGAGAAGAUGCCAAUUUCGAACAGCUUAUGGUGUCGAUGCUCGACGAGCGCGACAAGCUUAUGGACAGCCUACGGGAAGCACAGGAGAGGCUCACGGAGACGGAAAGUAAGCUGCUGGAUGUGGAAAAGGAACGAGACAGCCUCCAUAGACAAAUUGCUGCAAAUUUACCUCAGGAGUUUUCUACAUUGACAAAGGAAUUGACACAGGCUCGAGAAACGCUCCUUGAAAGAGAUGAUGAAAUCGGGGAACUGAAAGCGGAGAGGAACAAUACUCGGCUACUCUUGGAACACUUGGAGUGUCUAGUAUCUAGACAUGAACGUUCUCUUCGAAUGACAGUAGUUAAAAGACAGGCUGCCUCACAAAGUGGAGUAUCCAGUGAAGUUGAAGUAUUAAAGGCACUUAAAAGUUUGUUUGAGCAUCAUAAAGCAUUAGAUGAAAAGGUUCGAGAAAGGUUGAGAGUAGCUCUCGAAAAAAAUACAGAAUUAGAAGAAGAGCUGGCUCAGGCAAAAGAAGAGCUGCAGCAUCACAAAUCUGGCAUAUCAUCAAGCUCAGCUAACUCUCAAAAGGAAAAUGGGGAAGAUUCGAAAGAUUCCCUUGCAAAUGGAGAAUGUUCUGAUCACGUGGACUUCGCGGCUAAAACACAUGAGUUACAAACUAUUAUUGAAAAGCAGACUUCCGAACUUUCCCAGUGGCAGCGCAGGGUGUCAGAAUUAAACACUAAAAUAAGUGAUUUAGAGGAAAACGCAGGUAAAACUCAAAAAGAGUUUACCAAAACACAAGAAAGCUGUGUGAAACUGCAGAGAGAUUUGCGUGAAAAUGUUGCGCAAAAAGAGGAUCAGGAAGAACGAAUAGCGACACUGGAAAAACGUUAUUUGAAUGCUCAACGGGAAUCCACCUCGCUCCAUGAUCUUAACGAAAAACUUGAACAAGAACUACGUCAUAAAGAAGCUCAACUCAAACUUCAAGAGGGUAAAAUAUCUGCGAUUCAAGAGAAACUAGAAUUGUCCGAACAAAAGCUAGCACAACUUUCCAAAUUGCCAGACAUGGAAGAGCAACUCAAGGCUCGUUUGGAAGCGUUCAACCAGGUAGGCGCAAAGGCUCAAGAAAGGCAUGGUUCAGCAGAAGAUCGAAUAUCUCGACUAGAGGCAAACGUAGAAGAGAAGAAUGCUGAGAUAAUGCGAUUGAAUCAAAGACUGAAAAUGAACGAAGAGCACAAUCAAAGAUUAUCUUCUACUGUUGACAAACUGCUGUCAGAGUCAAAUGAUCGAUUACAAGUUCAUCUUAAAGAGAGGAUGACAGCUCUGGAAGAGAAAAACACACUCACUCAGGAGUUAGAUAAUGCGAAAAAGUUUGCGGAAGAACUGAACCAUGAAAAGUCUGAAAUUUUGAAAGAGAUGUCUAAGGGAAGACUCGAAAUGGAAAAUUUUAAAAGACAGUUAUUGCAGCAGGAAAUAGCGUUCAAUAUUCAGCAAACUGAGGCGUUGACUAGAAGUUUGUCACCCACAAAUGUAGCCGAGGUGGAUAGUUUUUCAAGAAGUGCUUCGCAUGCAAGUUUUGACACAAUGAGCUUGAGACGGAAGAAACAGAUACUUGAAGAGAAUCAAUUUUCUCGAUCGCUUGCUGAACAAGAUUGGGGAAAACUUCAGCAUAUAAGUGGUCCACAAAACUUUGAUGGUGGUAUGCUGGACGGAGAUGAUACAGAGAGUUUGUUUAGUACUGCCGACAUCAUAUCUCCGAGUGGUCAUACAGACGCACAGACCCUGGCUCUUAUGUUACAAGAACAGUUGGACGCAAUAAAUAACGAGAUAAGAUUAAUUCAAGAGGAAAAACAGUCAACUGAAGCUAGAGCCGAGGAACUGGAAUCUCGUGUGGGAAGCUUAGAACACAUGAACUUAUUAGCGAGAGGUCGUUCGGUGGAAAGACAAAGCCCUCCUUUAAGUGGUAGAAGUACACCGAAUAGUCCAAGUCGUGAUUAUUUGCAUAAGUAUCAUACUGCACCUGCUUCAAUGUCACCGGCACAUUUGCAUCAAUAUGCUGUUUCUAUGAGUCAUGGACAACUUUCAGAGUCGCUUCCAUCUAGUCAGGCCCAUCUUUCGUCCGAUAAAUCUAUGGAAGACUUCCAUAGUGGAAAAGAUUUGGCGGCGACAUGUCCCGAUGCCUCAACAAGCGAUGCUGCGUCACCUCUAACUGCUCGUUCAAUGCGGCUAGAACGGUUCGCGCUUGCUUUAGCACAUAGUCAGGAGGAACUCAGAAGAUGCGGCUCAGGGGCACAAUUUGGAGUUUCUCCCACCGGAUCAAGACAUGGAAGUCAAGAAUCGCUAAGAAAAAUUAGUGCGAUCAACACUUACAGUACAUUACAAACCCCUACGUCUGUAACGCGUGAAGCAGUAGUCUCAGCACAAAAGAAGAAAGGGAUUAAGUCAAGUUUAGGAAGACUUUUCAGUAAAAAAGAAAAGUGUAAAACAGGAAAAGAUUCAGGAAUGUCAGAUGGAUCCGUCAGUAUGAUGUCCAUGAGUGGAUUAUCUUUAAUCAGUGAUAUUGACUCAACUUAUGACACAAUAGCAGCUCAUAAAGUAACAGGAAAAAACACGUCUGUAGAUUACUGUCGCCAAAAGAAAAAAGAGCAUGACUAUCGACACGAUUUACUUGGAGAGGCCAUGAAAGCUGGUACGCCAUUUGCAUUGUGGAACGGACCAACGAUUGUAGCAUGGUUGGAACUGUGGGUUGGCAUGCCUGCAUGGUACGUUGCUGCGUGCAGAGCAAAUGUCAAAUCAGGUGCUAUUAUGAGUGCACUGAGUGACACAGAAAUCCAACGGGAGAUUGGGAUCAGCAAUCCUCUACACCGAUUGAAGUUGAGGUUGGCUAUUCAAGAGAUGGUAUGUCUCACAUCGCCUUCUGCUCCGCAGACUACCAGAACAACAUUAGCUUUUGGUGAUAUGAACCACGAGUGGAUUGGAAAUUACUGGCUGCCCGGAUUGGGACUUCCUCAGUAUCGAACCACUUUUAUGGAAUGUCUCGUAGAUGCCCGUAUGCUAGAUCAUUUGAAUAAGAAAGACUUAAGAGGGCAACUCAAAAUGGUAGAUAGUUUCCAUCGCACUAGUCUUCAAUACGGUAUAUCUUGUUUAAAACGCUUAAACUACGAUAGAAAUGCUCUUGAAGAGAGGAGAAAGACAACCGAGAAUUCUAUGGAUGAUGUGUUGGUUUGGAGUAAUGAUCGCGUUAUGCGCUGGAUUCAUUCCAUUGGAUUAAAGGAGUAUAGCAAUAAUCUUUUGGAGUCUGGUGUUCAUGGAGCGCUACUAGCGUUGGAUGAGAGUUUUGACGCAAACUCAUUAGCACUAGCACUGCAAAUACCAACUCAAAAUAUUCAGGCACGACAAACUCUAGAAUCUGAGUUUAAUAAACUUCUUGAAGUUGCUACGAAUAGACGAAUAGAUACAGAGCAGAUGAAGUCCUGACACAACAAAAGUUUUUCUAGUCUUCAAGGAUAAAUUUAUACAAAUACUUAAAAGAAAUAUAGUGAUUUUGAACAGUCAUAUAA